AUGAUCAAAGCACAGGAAGCUUCAUAUCGUGCCAGCCUCCGGAUCGCCAAAGCCGGUAAGCCGCACACAACUGGGGAACAACUGUGUCUACCUUUAGCCAAAGAGAUGACACGCAUCAUGUGUGGAGAGAAAGCUGCCAAAGAGUUAAACUUGGUGCCACCAAGUGUCGUUUUGAACGACACUGUGUCACGGAGAAUAAAAGACAUGGCUGAUGAUGUUAAAAAGACACUGAUUGAGCGCAUUAAAAACAGUCAGUAUUUUGCCAUCCAGCUUGACGAGACUACAGAUGUCGCAGAUUUGGCCAAUUUAUUGGUUUACGUGAGAUAUGAAUAUGAUGGUGCAGCUCAGGAGGACUUAAUGUUCUGCCAGUCACUUGAGACCAGAACUACAGCAGAGCACAUAUUCCGGGUACUGGACGCGUUUAUCCAAGAGAACAGUCUGGACUGGAAAAAGUGUGUGGGAGUGUGUACAGACGGAGCGAGGGCUAUGACAGGUCAUCACAGUGGAGUAGCAGCUCGCAUCUGAGAGUUGGCACGGACUCACUGCAGCAUCCAUCGUGAGGCGCUGGCAGUGAAGAAGAUGCCUGAUGAAUUGAAGUCUGUGCUGGACUCUGCUGUGAAAAUUGUGAACUUCAUUAAGGCCAGACCGAUGAAUGCUCGCUUAUUUUGUGUGCUCUGUGAGGAGAUGGGCAGUGAGCAUGUCCAACUCUGGCUUCAUACUGAAGUAAGGUGGCUAUCAAGAGGAAAGGUGCUUUUGAGGCUUUUCGAAUUGCACAAAGAGGUCCAGAUGUUCUUACAGGACACAAAUUUCCCCAUGUCAGACAUUUUCGAGGAUACUGUGUGGCUCAGUCAGCUGGCAUACUUGUCUGACAUUUUUUCACGUUUAAACGAACUGAAUUUGGGACUACAGGGACUCUCCAUCAAUGUCUUUGACGUGCAGGACAAAAUCAAUGCACUGCUGAAGAAGUUGGAGUUGAAAUCAAAGGAGAACAUCGCUGCACACCUUGUGUCGCUCAGACAACAGUUCCGUGAUUAUUUCCCAGUGAUGCAUGAAGCUGAAGCUAGCAGCUGGAUGAGAAACCCUUUCGGCAUCGACACCUCUCAAAUGACUUCAGAGGACUUAACUGUUGGUGAGCAGGAGAGUUUAAUAGAGUUGAUUUGUGACGAAACAUUGAAGGCAGCUUUCAGAAAGCAGACAUUGUUGGACUUUUGGAUAAAGCAGCAUAGUGAAUACCCUGUGCUUUCCGACAAGGCCGUGCGCUUUCUCCUUCCUUUUGCGACCACGUAUCUGUGCGAGAAAGACUUCUCUUCACUUGAUGUCAUAAAAACAAAGUACAGAAGCAGGGUGGAUGCUGAGCCAAACCUGAGACUGAAGCUGACCUCCAUUGACCCAGACAUCGCAGGACUGUGUUCACAGAGGCAUGCACACCCAUCACAUUAA